AUGACAGACCGUGUAUUGGAUUUGAAUAAUAAUUACUCGACUAACUCACUACACGGAGAUAUUCCUUAUAAAACAGCAUCACCACAUGCAUCUGGUACAGCAACUCCUCAACCUACUGAAAUAAGGGAGGAACUGUCUUCUUUUUCAGGUAAAGGAAUUGCGACUUCGCAGGUAGAUAAGGAGCAAACGGUACAAGAGAUACCAAAGAAACCAUUCCGUGAAUAUAUAACUGUCCUUUCCCUAUGUAUGAUGAUUGCAUUUGGCGGGUAUGUCUUUGGAUGGGAUACUGGUACCAUUUCUGGCUUUGUAAAUCAAACUGAUUUCAUAGAACGUUUUGGACAAAAGAAAAGCGAUGGAACAUCUUAUCUAUCCAAUGUUAGAAUGGGCUUACUUGUUGCCAUCUUCAAUAUUGGGGCUGCAAUUGGCGGACUGACACUUGGAAGAUUAGGUGAUUUUGUUGGUCGGCGUCUUGGACUAAUGAUUGUGGUUAUUGUCUACAUUGUUGGUAUCGUCAUUCAAAUAGCAUCCAUAGAUAAAUGGUUCCAGUAUUUCAUAGGAAGGAUUAUAUCAGGGAUGGGUGUUGGUGGUAUUUCAGUGUUAUCUCCAACCUUGAUAUCAGAAACUGCUCCAAAGCACCUAAGAGGGACAGCAGUGUCUUUCUACCAAUUACUAAUCACUGCUGGUAUUUUUCUAGGCUACUGUACCAAUUUUGGUACCAAGAAUUAUUCUAACUCCGUACAAUGGAGAGUUCCUUUAGGCUUAUGUUUUGUGUGGGCUAUAUUCAUGAUUUCUGGUAUGAUUUUUGUCCCUGAAUCGCCAAGAUAUUUGGUAGAAAAGGGUAAAAUUGAAGAAGCAAGAGUUUCGAUUGCAAGAUCCAACAAAUUAGAAGUAGAAGAUCCGGGAAUUACCUAUGAAAUUGAUACUAUUAGUCAGAGUAUUGAAGCUGAAAGAGUCGCAGGAACAGCAUCUGUGUCGGAACUAUUUUCAACAAAAGGUAAAAUAUUACCUCGGGUCGUUAUGGGUGUAAUGAUUCAAUCUUUGCAACAAUUAACUGGUAACAAUUAUUUCUUCUAUUAUGGUACCACUAUUUUCAAAGCUGUAGGGUUGCAAGAUUCUUUCCAGACUUCAAUUGUUCUAGGUAUUGUAAAUUUUGCUUCUACAUUUGUAAGUUUAUACACUGUCGAAAGGUUUGGUCGUCGUAGAUGCCUAUUGUGGGGUUCUGCUUCGAUGGCAGCCUGUAUGUGCGUUUUCGCUUCUGUGGGUGUCACUAGGUUAUAUCCAAAUGGUAAGAGCCAACCUUCCUCGAAGGGUGCAGGUAACGCAAUGAUAGUAUUUACUUGCUUUUACAUCUUUUGCUUUGCCACUACAUGGGCACCAAUUGCAUAUGUAGUUGUUUCUGAAACUUUCCCAUUACGUAUCAGGAGCCGUGCCAUGGCCAUUUCAGUAGGUGCAAACUGGAUAUGGGGAUUUUUAAUCGCAUUUUUCACUCCAUUCAUUACGUCAGCCAUCGGAUUUUAUUAUGGCUACGUCUUUAUGGGAUGUUUGGUAUUUUCAUACUUCUACGUCUUCUUCUUUGUCUCUGAAACAAAAGGGUUGACAUUAGAAGAGGUAAAUGAAAUGUAUAUGGAAGGUGUCCUACCUUGGAAGUCACCUAAAUGGCUUCCAAAAGGUAGACGUGGUGCAGAUUAUGACGAGAAAGGUUUCACGCACGAUGAAAAACCAUGGUACAAGAGAAUGAUAUAA